UGAGGCCCAACUGGGCCCGUUCCCCUGGCCCGUGACUAUCCCGUCCUCCUCUGCUCUCUUCCCCGAACGCACCCGCAGCACGCCGCCGUGAACCACCGCGCUCACCGCCGUCGCCUCGCCUCCGGAAGUUGUCUAAAAGCUCCGCCGAGCCAUGCUGCAUCUCCUCGCCGAUGAACACGAGCCCGGGAGCAUCACAGCGAGCCUUUGAGCUCGUCACCGCCGCCUCUGUUCGCCGAUCGCCGGCGUCGAUUCGCCACCGUCAACGCUCCCCCGAGCUCGCCGACGACUCCAUCGGAUGCGCCAAUCUGGAAGCUCAGUUGUGAUUGUGAUGGAAGGGGGCAAGAAACUGUCAAUAAACAUGAGGCGUCCAAGCUUUGUUGUUCUUACCUACUUUUGUGAUCGUCCUCACGAUUAACUUGACGCGAAUGGGGGCAUAGGUGUACCUUUUAUGUCAGGCCCAGUACCACUCCUUGUCCUCCCAUCGUCAAGUAUACGGCCUCGGGCGUGGGCCGGCCCGCAAGACGGAGGAAGCCCAACCCGCGGAACCAAGGCCCAGAGUGGGUGUGACCGAGCGGAGGCACCAACUACUUAAAGGCACACGCGCAGAAGGCCAAACCAUCCAGUGGAUCACGGCACCCGGCGGCGGCGGCUUCCUGUUCCUCUCCCGAUCCCCUUGUGUACCACUUCUUGUAAUCGCUAUCAGAUACUCGAAUUCGUGAGCAAGUGCAAUAGAUCGUGUGAUAUACUACCUGGGUGCUAACAUCUGGUAUUCAAAGCCUUGGAUUUGGGGCUGGCGCACCUCAUCGAGACGCGGCGGCAAAAUUCGAUCAGAGAUCGAAUCAGCGCCAUGGAUCCCUCCUUCAAGGAGUAUUUCAACAAGCUGACUUCCUCGCUGGACGGAAUCCACGCGGAUAUCCGUUCGACGGCGGCCAAAUUGAAGGAUCUGGUCGCCUGGCGCCCGGAGCUGGAACGGCGCGUCGACCGGCUCUCCACCGCAGUCGCUGAACUCCAACAGGGGCGACCCGCGGCAGAGGAGGAGCAGGCGCCCGCGCCCAAGGCUGCUCCGACACUCGUUCCCCUGCGCGACCCGACGGACAACAACAAGGGUCCGGAGGGCGGCGUCGCAUCAGGGCCGAUCGGCCACGACAUCGACAUCCUACCGCGGGGUCUGGCACCGACGUUCGCGUCGGUGUCCACCCCGGCCAACGGUCAGUUCGCUCCCCUGUCUCCCGCACCUCUGCCCUCUCCUUAUGCACAUGCGAGCCAGUUGCUCGCGGGGAUCGGCGAGACGCACCCAUCCAUUGCGUUUCCCCAAUUUUUUAGCGAGAACCCACGUCUCUGGAAGACGUUGUGCGAGCAGUACUUUCACAUGUUCGCGAUUCAGGAGAAAUUCUGGGUUCCCAUGGCCACGCUCAACUUCUCGGGCACGGCCGCAGUGUGGCUGCAGUCGAUUCAGAAGAAACUCUCUGAAUUCGACUGGGAAUCUUUCUCUUCCUUGUUGUGCACCCGUUUUGGCCGAGAUCGCCAUCAACUCCUCAGCCGCCAAUUUUACACGCUUGCACAAACAACAACUGUGGCAGAUUACAUCAAACGAUUUGAGCAAAUUAUCAGUCAUUUGUCUGCUUACUCAGACUCAAUUCAUGCUUAUUAUUACCUCACUCGUUUUGUGGAGGGACUUCGGGCGGACAUACUAGCGAUUGUGCUGGUGCAACGACCGCCUGAUCUGGACACGGCGUGUGCACUAGCACUACUGCAAGAGGAAGUGGCAAACGGCGGCACCUGGGAGCGGCCUCGUCAACCCACCACGGCUCGGGCGGCGGACCUGGCGACGCGGGCGCACGUGGGCAUGCCCAUGCCGCUCCCGCCCCCUCCUCCACAAGGGCGGCCUCCUACGACACCGGCUACUUCCGAGCGCCGGACCAACGACACCAACCGCAGCGACAACUCCAAGAUCAAGGCAUUGCGCGAGUACCGGCGAGCACGUGGCCUUUGUUUCAAGUGUGGCGAGCGAUGGGGACAGGACCACACUUGCCCCACGAGCGUGCAGCUUCAUGUCGUCGAAGAGCUGCUGGAGCUCUUGGGCAUGGAAGGGAGCGAGGAGCUUCCAAACGCCCCAACCGAGACGGUGAUGGCAAUUUCACGGCAAGCUCUCACGGGUGGCACUCCUCCAAAAGCCGUUAAACUCCAAGCGUGGCUCCAAGGUCGCGCUAUUCUCCUCUUGGUGGAUUCCGGCAGUUCAGUCUCCUUCAUCGACGCGCAAUUGGCAGCCUCGCUGUCAGGAGUUGUACAGCUCAACCGUCCUUGUCGAGUCAAGGUGGCUGAUGGGGGGGGGGAGCUCUGCUGUGUGUCUCACAUACCCAAGUGUCGCUGGUCCAUUCAGGAGCAGGAGUUCAGCACGGACAUGAAAAUCCUUCCGUUGGGGGUUUAUGAUGCCAUUUUGGGCAUGGACUGGCUCGAAGAGCACAACCCCAUGAAUGUGGAUUGGCGCGACAAGCAGCUCUGGAUCACCACUCCGACAGGGACAAUGCACCUUCAGGGCCAGAUUGAGGGGGUUACGAGCUGCACGGAGAUCAACAGUCUGCAACUGCAAUGCAUGCAACGUCAGGGAGAGGUGGCACAUGUCGUGCAGCUGUACCAGGUUUACGAGUCGGAUGAGAUCUUCACCCCAACCCCAGGCAACAUCCAGGCGGUGAUUGAUCAAUUCAAGGACAUCUUUGAGGAACCCAAAGGUUUACCGCCAAGGCGUGCGUGCGAUCACUUCAUUCCACUCAUGCCAGGAGCGCAACCGGUGAAUCUGAGGCCUUACCGUUACAAACCAGAGCACAAGUCAGAGAUUGAGGAGCAAGUUAAAGAGCUGUUGGAUCAAGGCGUCAUUCAGAAGAGUCAGAGUCCCUUCUCGUCACCGGUGAUUCUGGUCAAGAAGAAGGAUGGAACAUGGCGGCUUUGCAUCGAUUACCGCCACUUGAACGCUAUGACAGUGGUGGGCAAGUACCCGGUGCCGGUGAUCGAGGAGCUAUUGGACGAGCUACAUGGUGCUCGAUGGUUCUCAAAACUGGAUUUACGUGCAGGCUACCACCAGAUUCGCCUGGCAGAGGGGGAGGAGUACAAGACGGCCUUUCAAACCCAUGCAGGUCAUUUUGAGUUCUUGGUGGUCUCGUUCGGGUUGGCUGGAGCUCCGGGCACCUUUAAUGGGGGUAUGACAUAAACCUUACACCCUCUUAUCAGAGAGUGUGUGCUGGCGUUUUUCGAUGACAUCCUUGUCUUCAGCAAGACCCUACAAGAUCAUGUUCAGCAUCUGCAGCAGGUGUUCAGUCUGCUCCGGCGUGACCAAUGGAAAG